AUGCAUAAAUAUCAACAAUUUACGUUCAUAGACGCAAACCGAUUCAGUAAAUGGUUUAAAUUAACCAUAACCAUUUUAGCAUUCAAAUUAAGAAUAACCAUUUUAGCAUUCAAAUUCAUCAAACGCAUAACAAAAAAUUCGAGUGAUGACCUCUCAUAUAUAACAAUGAAGGAAGUAGACACAGAUCGACAAAUCUCAAUUAGACAAGCACAAUUUGAAGAUUUCAACGACAAUGAAAUAACUAAAUGGAAUUUUUACUAUGAUGAAUAUGAAUAA